ACAGAAGCCCGUGUGGAUCAUGAAGAGCUCCAUGGCGGCGCCAAUGGAGGCCCCUACCGCCGCGAUCUUCAGGUACCAACCCGCGAAUCUCAUAUGUCCCUCCCCAAGCAAAUCCUCAGAGGCAGGGAGGCAGAGGCGGCCGGAGCGAGCUGAGCCGACGGCGGCGGCGGCUUUGAUGAGGUUGUCGAGCGACAGGGCCAUGGCCCAGUGAAAGCCAAAAAAAUCCUGACCGUUCAGGCCAAAUGAAUAUGAUCGACGAGCAGGAUCAAUUCGUUUCCUUUGCUGCCCAAACAAAAAUGGGGCUCACGGCCCACCGAGCCCAAAAGGCAGGCCCGCAUCGCGUUCGAUUUCCAACCAAUCACACUCCGACCACUGUGACCACACGCUCGCGCGCCCAUGGCGGCGACCUCGCCGACGCCGACGCUGGCGAAGCCUGCAGCCGCCGCGCACGCCCGAGCCCCGUCCGCGGGUCCCAGACGUGUCUCCUUGACCUCCUGCCGCUGCCACCGCCGCCGCUCUACUCCGUCUCGGUGGAGGAGUCUCCCACGAUGCAGUCGCCGUGGUGGGAAGCCGGUCGUCACAGAGGUCAUCGACGCGGCGGCACCGGAUAAGGGGCCAGAGACUGGGAGCAAGGGAGAGGAAGAGAAGGAGGCCGUAGCGGGGCGCGGGGCGCCGGGGUGGCUCAGGCUUGACGGGGUUGCAGCGGACAUCCUCGCCAUCGCCGCGCCUGCCGUGCUCGCGCUCGCCGCGGACCCCAUCACGGCGCUCGUCGACACUGCCUUCGUCGGGCAUAUCGGUUCAGCUCAACUUGCGGCUGUUGGUGCAUCUACUUCCAUAUUCAAUUUGGUAUCCAAGCUGUUUAAUGUGCCGCUACUUAAUGUCACAACAUCCUUUGUUGCUGAGCAGCAGGCAAAGGAUGGCAAUUCGAACACUGGAGGUGAAAGAGAUGAAUUUUUGACGCCACUAGAGAAGGCAAGGCAACCAAAGAAGGUUCUUCCGGCAGUGUCAACAUCCUUGGCUCUAGCUGCUGGCAUUGGAUUACUGGAAAUGGUAGCUCUGAUUGUUGGAUCUGGGACCCUGAUGAACAUCAUUGGUAUUCCUGUUGAUUCACCAAUGCGAGCACCAGCAGAACAGUUUCUUACACUGAGGGCACUUGGUGCUCCACCGAUCAUAGUGGCACUUGCAGCUCAGGGUGCAUUUCGUGGAUUUCUGGAUACGAGGACACCAUUGUAUGCUGUGGGUGCUGGCAACCUAUUAAAUGCAUUACUUGAUGUGGUACUUAUUUUUCCACUUGGUCUAGGAGUAAGUGGUGCUGCACUGGCCACCGUGACCUCUGAGUACUUGACAGCAAUCAUCCUCCUUUGGAAGUUGAAUGAUGAAGUAGAUCUAUUGUCAUGGAAUAUAAUUGAGGAUGGAGUCAUCCGCUACCUGAAAUCUGGUGGUCUACUAAUUGGCAGGACAAUUGCAGUAUUCUUGACACUGACACUAGCUACAUCCCUGGCUGCAAGGGAAGGGCCUGUUCCAAUGGCGGGCUAUGAGAUAUGCUUGCAAGUGUGGUUAACAAUUUCUCUGCUCAAUGAUGCUCUAGCCCUUGCUGGCCAGGCUCUACUUGCCAGCGAAUAUGCAAAAGGGAAUUACAAGCAAGCCCGCACGGUUUUAUACAGAGUCCUGCAGGUUGGUGGUGUGACUGGUUUUGUCCUUGCUGCUUCCUUAUUUGUUGGAUUUGGAUCUUUGUCCUUGCUGUUUACAGAUGAUCCAGCAGUUUUAGAUGUUGCACGGUCUGGAGUGUGGUUUGUCACCAUUUCUCAGCCGGUGAAUGCUAUUGCAUUCGUGGCUGAUGGGCUCUACUAUGGUGUUUCUGACUUUGCCUAUGCUGCAUAUUCCACGUUUUUUGCGGGAGCGGUCUCAUCAAUAUUCCUACUAUUAGCUGCUCCUAAUUAUGGUCUCGGUGGCAUAUGGGCUGGUCUUACUCUAUUUAUGAGUUUGCGUGCAGUUGCUGGGUUCUGGAGGUUAGGGAGCAAAGGUGGACCUUGGAAUGUUAUCUUAUCUGGUCAGAUAGUAAGUAAAACAAAGAUAUGACCAGAUUCGAUUGUUCAAUUGAUCUCCCACCGCUAGCAGGUCGGUAGCAAGAAAUGUGCAUCCUGCUGCAGGUCAUAUAUAGCUGACAAGCAAUAUAUAGCAAAAAAUGUGCAUCCUGCGUGACAGGGAGCUGAUGCAUCUCUGUGGAAGAUAUACGCUUGUAGUUGGUGUUGGAUAGCUGGGCUAUCUUGUGGCUGUUGUAGGGGCUCACAGCUUUCAACUGUGUUGUACCAUAUACUGUAUAAGAAAGAUCUGUUCAGUUAUAACGAAAGAAAGAAAACUGGCUUCAAAUAGAAUACAAAAGGCUGUGUAACGAAAGAAAGAAAGCCGAGUUCAAAUAGAAAAUCCCUUCAUGUAAAUUUCGUUCUGGAAAUCCUCCUUUUGAAUGAAGCUUUAUCCAACAUUCUAGGAUUGGUAAAUCCGGUAAUCAUUUGUGGCAUUAUGUAACUCAAUGAUGGUCAGAAAUAUAAUAAUCUGAGUUGGUUUUUCCGAUAUGCA